UCAGAAAGAUAGACCAUGAAACUUUUCAAAUUAAUAGUACAUCACAAAUCGUUUAGUGGUGAGGAUCUUAUUAUCAAUCCUAAAGAUUUUCCAGGCAUUAAACAAGGAAGUGUAGUUGAAAUAUAUCUUCCUGAAGAUGAGUUCAGCCGCCUGUUGUUGCAGGUUACUUCAUUCAAGGAAGACAUGCAAAGCAAAGAUACGAUAAGUGUUGAACAGAGUAUUGCCACUGCAUUUCAACUGCGAACAUAUGCUGACGUGUGUGUGAACAUAGUAAACCCUGCAGAUGUAGCUUUGGAUUCUGUUGAGCUGACAUUCAAAGACCAGUAUUUGGGGCGAAGCGAAAUGUGGAGACUAAAGAACAGUCUGGUGGAUACAUGUGUGUAUGUGAACAAGAAAAUUGAGUUCUGUGGUGGUACAAUUCGAUGCCAGGUCUAUGAAAUGUGGUCAAUGGGUGACAGAGUAGCCUGCGGUGUGAUUACAAAUGAUACUAAAGUUGUGUUUCGUUCAUCCACAAGUAUGGUAUAUCUGUUUAUCCAGAUGAGCUCAGAAAUGUGGGACUUUGACAUACAUGGUGAUCUGUACUUUGAGAAAGCUGUUAAUGGUUUUCUUGCUGAUCUCUUUCAGAAGUGGAAGAAGAACGGGAGCAAUCAUGAAGUUACAAUUGUGCUCUUUUCACGUACAUUUUACAGAGCUAAUAGUCUUGAAGAGUUCCCGUCAUAUAUGAAUGAAUGUUUGCAGCAGGAUUAUAAGGGGAGAUUUUAUGAAGACUUCUACAGAGUUGCUGUCCAAAACGAGCGCUAUGAAGACUGGACAAAUACAUUGGUCCAGUUGCGACGUCUUUUUACUGAUUAUCAAAAAAUAGUUCUAGAGUAUCACAAAAGACCUGGUGAACACGUUCCAAAGGCUGUGAAUUCUACAGCUGCUCAAGGAAAUUUUCUGGAAGUGUUAAACAUGUCUCUCAAUGUGUUUGAAAAGCAUUACUUGGAUCGCAGUUUUGAUCGAACUGGUCAAUUGUCGGUAGUAAUUACACCAGGGGUCGGUGUUUUUGAAGUUGACCGAGAACUUACUAAUGUUACUAAACAACGAAUUAUUGAUAACGGUGUGGGUAGUGACUUAGUUUGUGUUGGUGAACAGCCACUACAUGCAGUACCUCUGCUGAAGUUUCACAAUAAAGACACACUCUUCAGUGCAGGAGACGAUUAUAGCAUGCCACAUUGGAUAAAUCUGAGUUUCUAUUCCACAAACAAGAAGGUAGCAUAUUCAAAUUUUAUUCCAAGAAUCAAAUUACCACCCAAGAGAAGCAAACCACUGCCUGUUUCAAACAAUGGGCUGAUCCAGGCAGCAAAAUCAAAAUUGCUUCAAGAAGAUGACUGCAUGCCAAAUUCAUUGUUUGAUUAUGAUGCUUAUGAUGCACAGGUUUUUCAGUUGCCUCCUGUUCAUACAGCAAGGUUUUCUCGUAGUUUACAACGCAUGAAUAGCCGUACCAGAAGGAGUGGGACCCUGGAAACUCAGUCAAGCAGUGGACAAAAAACUGUGAGCAGAAAAAUGUCAGACCCAGACAUUCAUCAUUCAGGGGGUGAUAUUGGCUCUCCAACAGGCAGUUCUGCGCCUCGUUCAGCUGCAAUUUCCAUCCCAUAUCACCACUCAAGUCAUGCAUCAUCACCACAGCAGUCAUCUGGAAAUGCAGAAUCACUUAAGCAGAAAGCAUUUGCAAUACAGUCUGAAAUACAGGAAGCUGAAACAUCUCCUCCAGUCCGACCUGUUGUUGGAAGUGCUGGAUCUCCAAGCAACAUGCCCCAAGGACAAGUCAAUUUUCCACGGACAGGAAGAGCACUAAUUAAUCCAUUUGAUCCUUCUCAUGUAACAAUAAAGUUGACAUCAAACAGGAGACGCUGGACUCAUAUUUUCCCUAAAGGACCUACUGGAGUGCUAAUUCAGCAGCAUCAUUAUCAGGCUGUACCUACAAUACCUGCAAGUGAUCAACCUAUAUUUGAUGGGACAGCUACUUUAAGCUCAUCUCCCCAAAAUGAGAACUCAUCUUCAUCAAGUGUUUCGAGACCACUACAAAGAUCGUCAUCACAAGUAGCAUUUCAGGACAAUGUGAAGAUCCCUGGAUCAGUGCGCCCCAAUCUGUUGUCUUCUGGGACAUCCGAGAGACGUAUGCCAGCUAACAAGAGUCUGAUUCUCCUUUGGGGUGCUACAGGUGAACAGGAGUGGACUCCUGCCCUUACUACAGUUGGAAAAGUUAUAAUAGGUGUGGACUGGAAAUCUCUGACCAUUCCUGCUUGCCUUCCCAUCACAACGGAUUAUUUUCCUGAUAAACGAAGCCUGCAAAAUGAUUAUGUUGUGUCUGACUACACGCUUUUGCCUGAUGAUGUUAAUGCUGAUUUUGCUCAACAGAGGGCAAUAUAUAGGAAACCAUUAACUACACCAGAAGUGUUUCGGGAGCUUGUCUCACAGAGGCUCGCACAGGGCUUUCAGUUGAUUGUGUUAAACAACCAGGUAACCAGUAAACAAGUUCAGACUCCAGGAAAUAAUGCUACCCCAGUCUCUGCAGGUAUUAGUUCUGUUGUGAUGACACGCACUACAGACACAAUCAAAACAGAGGAGCAUUUUUUGAGUAUUGGUCGCAUGUUUCAUAAAAUUUCCCUCUGUGGAUCUGCAAUUACUGUUACAAGAUACAGGCCAAGACAUCCUUAUCAUCCGUUCAAAGUUCAUUACCGCUACCGGUUUCAUGCCCCACAUCAUGACACAUAUGAAAUUUCUUGGGUGUCUUUCACAACAGAAAAACUGGAGACAUACAAUUGGAAUUAUUUAGAUCAUUACAUAUGCACUAGAGGAGAUGUUGAUUUUGCUCUUGUUGAGGCACUGAAAUACUGGCGCUUCCGUGUGUACCUACUACCCUUGAAUCAUCAAGCAACAAAAAAGAUUUUAGAUGGAGCAGAAAACUGUGAUAUUUAUGCAACAUUGUCCACUGAAGAACAAGGUCAUUUUGUCGAAGGGUUUCUUCGUUUUAUUGAAACAUGGGUCAAUAAGGUUAAAAGGCCAAAUACUCAUAAAAAACCUAGAAGCCCUGUUUCUGCGGGGAACAAGGCUCAUCAUAGGUUGAUUCUUCGCCGACAUAGUGCCAGUACGAUUUUUCUCUCCCACAAUAACACUUCAAGUAGUAAUUUGGUUACUGCAUCUGGUUUACAAUCAACUAAUUUGCAGACUAGUGUGGUGGGAAAUUCACCAUUCAGAGAGCGAUUAGGAAGUAACAGAGUGUUGGAGAAACCACGACCAAGAUCUGGAUCAAAAGUAAUGGAGCGAAUAAAAGCUGAAGGAAUGAAUACGAGUGGACGAAUCUCACCAGCUAGUGAAGCAGCUGUAAAUGAAAAUAAAAAUAUCUUUCCACAGACAUUUGCAUUUGAGUCAUCUGUAGAGUCCCAAGAUAAUGCUGAUGACAGUGUCAACCAGACAGUUACGCAUCGCCUGAAAAGUAAUGCAUCCAUUCAGGAAAUUCUGGAUGCAAUGAAGAAUGUGCAGACUGGGGUUGGAUUCCUUACAAAUCAUCCUAGUUUACCAUCUAACACAUUUGUGAGUGCUGAUGCUGCUCAGUGGCUCAUAAGCCAUGUGGAGGGUAUCAACCAUGAAGAAAAGGCAGUGAAUUUGCUAACAAAUAUGCUAAAUGAGAAAAUGAUAUGCCACGCAUCUGGAGACUUUCGUCAUCCAAUUAUAAUUGGUUUUUAUCUGUAUCAUAUAGUUCACCAGGAGAAGGAUUUGAAAGAUGGUGACUAUGUGAGACCUAUAGUGUGCACAAGUUAUCAUGCAGUGUUUCACAGUGGGGUGGGUUGCCGAGAAUUGGAUUGUUGGCACUGUAAUUCAAGAAAAUCCAUGUUCUCAUUUUUGCAAGGAAAAUGGUCAAUUUCAUACCAAGGCAUGUGUCAAUACUACCAUGUUAUGCAUCUACUUAAUGUGUUUCUCAGAGUAUUUCAGAUUCUCAUCAUCCAUGACCUUACAAAUGCUGAAUGCAGUAGCAGUCUGAACAAACUGGCACCUUUAACCUUAGCUCUAGUUACUGGAAACUCAGCAAAAUUCUCCACAGCUUUUACUCUGUCUCUAAGCAUUUUUGAUAUUCCACAAAUAGGUCUUCCAGUGUUUACCAGACAAUUACAUCUCCAGUUAUCAGUAAGGGUGGUUCAGGUUAGGCUUCAGAUAGCCACAUUAGAACCUAUCUGUGAGCUGCAUGUUACUUUCGACAAAAUACGGUUGUUAAUUGAUCAUUUUGAUGAGUUUGAUGACCUGUUCUAUCAGCUGAACUUCCUACUGAACUUCCUAGUAGUUCUGUCACACAUAGGGGAAUUAGAACAAAAUUAUUAUAUCUUUUUUGCAGUUGACUGUUGUCAACUAAAUGUGAUGGAGCAACUGGAGUGCUUACAGUUUUCUCCACGUGAACCUUUGCCUCACACUGUGUCUCCAUGUGUUCAGUUGUCAGUUGCUCAUGGUUACAUGCUGUAUUUACCUACUUGCUUGAUCUCUACAUGGAGUUCAGAGUUGCUGCUUUCCUCUACAUUGACAUGUACACAGAACUCAUUGCCUCCUCCAGUGCUCAGCUCCCAGCAUGUUGUCAAGUCCCCGUCAGCUUUACCUAGAGGAGGAGCUGCUGGCAAAGUGGGGGGAAGGGGAGGGGAACAGUAUUUUGGAUGCUUUUUCUUGGAAUUUCUUAGUGCUCAACUCCUUCAUUGGGCUUUAUCAGCUGAAUCGCCUGCCUUUUGUAAUGUCAUUUGUGCCUGUGAUUUAUUAAAGAUAUUUGGAGAUUCAGGAUCCACCUUGUUACAUAAAUUACCUCAAUCACAUCUGGGUCACAGGCUCCAAAUGAGAGGAGCAUUUACGGAAUCUGCAGGGGAAUUUCCAAUGUCUUCUAGAGAACUGCCUUCAUUACCAAUUAAAAAAACGCCACAUGCAUCUGCCAUCCUUUUAACUGUCUUCGUCAAAAGGGUGUCAAAUUUGUCUGCUCUGCAGAUUGUCAUAGGGCUUUCCAAUCCCUCAAGCAGUGUUUGUGUUCUGCUCCCUGUUUGGCUUCCUUUACACCAGCCAUCAUGGCCACCAACUCCUCUUCCGGAAAACUUUUUCAGCCGUCCUGAUGGGGUGACCAGAGCAUGUUCUUUUGUUAGUGGAUUUGGCAUGGCGUACAUGAUUGUGAUUGCCUCAGCAUUGCUCAGGAGGCAUGGUUUUAAGACGCAGUAUGAUAAUCAGUGCAUUGUCAAAGUUCUUGUAUGUUGCCAUCUGUCAACAACGACCGUUCAUGCUUUGUCAAUGAAUUUUGGUAUCAGAGGCUUCUUCCAGACACUCAUAACUGAUAACACACCUAACUAUUGCCAUGUUCCACCAGGUGUCCAACUUGGAGGUGGUGUGUUUCGUACUUAUGUCCAUAUGCGCAUCAUCCCAGGACAGUGCAUUGUUGAGUUUUCUGGCUGUGUACUGGUCCUGCCCGCCACGUUUUCCUCUCAAGCCUCCCAUUUUGGUGCAGUCUUUUGGCCAGCAGCAGGGUUGGCUGUCGGUUGUUAUGGUGGACCACAAAGGUCUUGGCAGUUGUUUGUGGUGGAUGUCAGUCAGAUGAGGCUGAUCCAUCAUUCCAGUCAGUUGCAGCCAUAUCCGGUUGGACCUUCAGUGCCACAAUCUCCAAGCCAGCUGGGCAAUAGGGUCGUUCACAAUGUUAUUCUGGUAGGAGGCUUCCAAUGGUGGCAGCAUACCCACCACUGCUGCCAUUACUGUCCUACCUUUGACCACAUGACAGGUUGCAGAGUCCUUCCUCCACCCAAGUCUGUGGAUCAACCGCUACCCCCGCCUCCACGACCUUCUGCUGCUUCGGCAGAGCAAAGUGUGUUGGUGUUUUCUCUUAAAGUGUUCAGUCUGUAUAAACUGAGUCGCAUGUCGUGUCUUGUUCCAUUAUCUGGGGUUCAGCUUCCUUGUAUGGAUACUAAUCAUCACACAGGCAGCAAAAGUAGCAAUGUGAUCAAAAAUUCAUGUCCUAUUGCAAAGCUUAUAUUUGUUUGUAAUAGUAGAGGUCUUUUUUCUGUUAACACUGCUGCUUCCAUUUCAGUGGAACAGAUUUUCAAGAAUUCUCAAUUUCCUAUUUUGUGUAUGGGAAUUUUUAGACUAACUGUGCGUCAGAAUGCAGAACUUUGUAUUUCAUCAGAAAGUCUAAUCAGAAAUGUUACUCUUGUACACUGUGGAGACUGGGACCCAGUGGACAGACAAAACUUCAUAAUAGCAGGACUCCAAGAUAUGAUAAAUACAACAGAAGAUCCAUUUGAAUCUCAGGGUUAUAAAAUUUACAAUGGAAAACCAGGACAAAGAUUUAUGAAACAUGACAAAAAUUUUCGAACAAGAACUGCGAUAGAAGUUGAAAAAAUUCUGGGAUCUUUUGGAUCAGACAAACACGAAAAAACACAAAAUACAAUAGUAAUGGAUAAUCUUGAGGGAUUAAUACCAAUUUUAAAACAACAUGCUGAAGAAUUGGCCCCAGUAAAUCAAUCCUUUGAUAAACAAUUAUCUAAUUACAAUGCUCCCACACUACUACUUAGAAAUAAAGAUGGAAGAAUAGCCUGUAAUAACAAGGAAAAUACAGAAAUCAUAGCAGAAGCAUUCUACAAGUACUUGAAUUGCAAUGAACCUGAAAAGCUUUUAACAGUAGACACAAGCAUUCUUAUAUAUGGUGGAGGAAUAUCAGAAAUUGUAAACAGAGAAGUUCUAUCAGGGAAAACAAUGAAGAUUUCUAAAAAUUACACUUCAUCCGAAUCGUGGAAACAUAUUGUCCAGCUCACCAUUCAAAAUGCUCUAAAAUUUCCACAACAGUGGACAAACUGGAGAGGUGAACUUGGACCAGAAGCAACUCAUCAUAGAUACUGCAUAACUUUUUUGAGGUUUCUGUCACCACCUAGCAGGGCAGUCACAAAUCCCUUAAGAGUGUUCAUGUUAUCAUCUCAGACUUUUGUAUUGUUUGUGUAUAUACUGAAGCAAGUAACGCUGAGUAUCACCAAACUAAUGCCAUUAUACAAGCACACACACUUGGAAACAGAUGUCAACAACAAGAGUGAUCGCAUUGAAUGGGGUCAUGCCCGUUAUCAGUCUGUUUUCAGACCAAACAGAGCAUAUGAACUAGUUGUGCAAUGGGUUGCUUCCUCAGGGACAAUUGUAGCAGAAUUGAUUCAAGGAUGGUCUCGAAAAGCACCAACUUGCGGUUUUCAAAUGGUACCAAUACCAGCUGAUACUAUUUCUCUUCCCUUCACUGACAAGUCUGAUCCUUUAAGGGGUCCAAUAUUUGUAACUCUUAAUACAGAAUGCUUAUUGGGUAGUAGAAACUUCUUAUUUGAAGAAUACCCUGUGGAGACAUGGAAACAGAGAUUAUUUCUCUUCCAAGAAUCUAUAAUUGAAAGAUUUGGCUUCAUACACUGUGCGAGUGAAGGCCACAACAAUAACUCAUUAGCAACAGACAGUGGUGGUGUAUCUCAUCAUAAUAUAUAUGUUCAUGUUACCGGAAAUGUUUUUAUACUGAUACCUUCACAACAUUGUCAGCACACACACAGUCAAGGAGAACCAGUUCUGCAAACUAAUAGUAGAGCAAGUUCAGGGGGGAAACAGCAACUCAAUCAGGAAGGGAAAAGAUAUCCUGUACAUUCUGAAAGUGCAUCAAGCCCACACGAGUCAUACAUUACAAGACAUGUCAGUGAGAAAUACAACAAAGACAUAGGAAGUGAUCUAAGGGUUGGAUUCCUGUGGUCAUGGAACCACAUGGUUAGCCGCCGAUGGAAGUCAUCAUCUACACCGGCUACAGGGGAUGAAGGAUUCCAAACUAAGCUUCUGAGAGAUUUCCGUGAUUUUUGUGCAAAUGGCAACAACAGGCUGCAGAAUUACUGGAACUCAUGUUGGCUUCUUAAGAAGUGAAUGUUUCUUGUUUUUUUGUUUGUUUUUGGUUCCUAUUUUAAAAGUUUUGUAUAAAAGUAAUGUUUUGUGUAUCUGAUUAUCUAUGUUUGUACAAAGUGUCUAAUGGUAAAAUAUAUUUUUCUACAAAAGCUUA